AUGGCUGGAAAGGUUCUCUGUGAGGCAUCAGAACUGUACAACAUCCUGAAUCAAUACACUCAUCUACCAAGGCUUGCAGAGAGCAACUAUCUUUGUCUGAUUAAUGCCUGUGCAGCAGAAUCAUAUAACUUCAGCCACAUCAUUACUGCCAGAAAUGAUUCUGAUGGGAAGUUUAUUAUGCCCUUGGAUGUUGAGGUUGAAAGUAUGAGGUAUAUCAUUGUUUAUGACAGUAGUACACAUUCUCUGUCAGAUUCAGGUCCAGCUAUAGACUGUGCAGACAGCAUAGAAAGCCAAUUUCCAGUUCAGAUUCUUAGUGGAGGCUAUGAGAAGUUUUCUGCACUCUACCAUUUCCUAAGAAUGCAAAAGAUUCUUUACAAUAUUAGGGAAGUGGAGAGCUUCAAUCCCUAUCCUGUGGAAAUCUUGCCAGGCAAACUUUACAUGGGUGAUUAUAGGCAGGCCACAAACCUUCAAAUCCUUAAAGAUCUGAAGAUGAAUGCACUUGUCAAUGUCUCUGAUGAAUGCAGUCUAAUGUUUAAAAAGGCAAACUGCACUGUUUUACACAUCCGAAUUGCAGAUUCUGCAGAGGCAGAUUUGAUCGCUUCAUUUGAGAGAAUGUGCGUUUUUAUUGGUUCACAUCUCAAUACUUCUUCUUCUGUUCUGAUAUUCUCUACUCUUGGAGUAAGCCAAUGCAGUGCUGUAACAGUGGCAUAUCUUAUGCAUCACCUCAAAUACACACUAAAGGAGGCAUGGAUUCAUAUUCAGCAGUGCAAAGCCAACAUGAGGCCAAAUCGAGGAUUUGUACAGCAACUUUCUGACUGGGAACUUCAGACUCUUGGGAAGAGAGUGACAGAUAUAUCUGAACCCAAAUACUGACAAUAACAAAAUUUAACAGAAACAUCA